AUGACGAACACAUCCACCACUACUACGGCUGUCCAGGACACGCCCUUACCCUGGGAACAGGAUCUCUUGGUCCCGAUUGAAGACAUCAAGGAGCAAUCGCAAGACCUGGUCUUAAAGAUCUACGACGACUGGGGUCAGAUAAACCUCGCUGUCGUUCAACUGGGCUCCGUCAUCCGCGAUCGUUGGCUCAAGAUGAAUGACUCCCAGCGCAAAGCCAUUUUAUUACGAGCAUCGCCCAACCUCCCUCCGAAACAUCGCCCAGAUAUGGAUCGGUGUCUUCUCGAGGUCUGUCCUCAUCAGAGGUGUGCAGAAGGGAUUGCACAGUAUGCUUUCCCUCACCUCAACCUCGAAGACCUAACUGCACCGAACUCCUUGUUGAUCCUCUUGGACGCGCGCACACGCCACGCCCCCUUCAAAUUCGCUCUCUCGGAUUAUGAGCUAGCGCCUCUGAUGAAGUUACGCCCAGCGCUUCUCGAAAAGACCAAGUACAGCAUAAGUCUGUCAGACAACGACUUUGGCAAAGUCAUCGAGUGGGAUACAGAGGAGGAAGCUACUGGUGCGACCUUACUGGGCGAUGCCGUGCACCCGGUUCAGGGCUGGCAUAUUCUCAUCAUUCAGAUGGGUCUCUACGACUUCCUCGUACGCUGUAUUGCCUUUGUCAUGUUGGACGAACUAGAGGUCUCCGCUGAGCCCUUGCCUUCUGCCCCACAAAUCUACAACGACGAUUUCUCAACUCUAGACAUUGCGCCGAAAGAGUCCCCGGAGAGACUGGAGUACGGCUCUCUCGAUUCAUUAAUCAGAGAUGCGCAGUAUCGAGUGCCCAUGUUCACGGACCUCGGGCGUCUAUGUGCGCUUACGUCGGCCUGUAAGGAUGCCGCAGAAGACCACAUCUGGAUGCUUCGCGAGGACCCGAGUUACUUCGCCGAGACUGUGCUCGAAUGUAAAGAACAUCGACCAGAAGUACUCAAGGGUCGUUUUUGUGGCCGGCUCCACAAGAACGGCCAUCACGAUCGACUCUGGGCACGGGUUCUUAAAGAUACAGCUGCCAACGCUUACGUUGAUUUCUUCGUAUGGGAUGAGAUUCACUGGCGUAUGAGAGAUCUCAACGCCCUUGCGAUGGAGCACGUUAAUAGCCUCAGCAUCGAUCCUAUCAAGUUGAACAUCGAGCUGCCCGCCACGCUUUUGGAGUCGCUCGUCCAGACUUGGUCGUUCCUAGAACUGAUCGAGUUGGAUCUCAUACAGCAGCUCAAGACUGCCUGGCCAUCAUCGCCUACCAUGAGAGCCAACUUUGCACAGCAAUGUGGUGAAGUCUCAGACGAGGAACAAGUUCUUGGUGUGCAGGCAAAGAAUGCUGGUCGCCGCAAACGGGACAAGGAGUCAGAACACAUCUCCAAGUUGUUUGAGUAUCUCUGGAAACCGGAUGUGCGUGCGAGACUUAAGGUCCACAUCCUAGUCGAUGCUCUAUCACAUUUGUUGAGAACGAACAAGCGAGCAAAUGCGUUGACAUCAUCCUGGGUCGCUUCUCUUCUAUCACAGCUAUCGAUAGUAUCCGAGUGUUUGCGUCAGCUGAACUUCCUCCAGCCCUGGGCCAAGAAGGUCGCUCAUACUGUCAAAUUGAGGCAAACUGAACUGCUGGCGGCACACUGUUCAACGUUCGCGCGCUGGCACGCCGUUCUGCACACUGACUUCCAGAGCAAGAAGCUGAUCAGACUGGGAGAACCGCGUUCGCAAUUCCGCUACCCAGUCAACAAACGUCGAACACGCGCCAAUGUUAACGCUAUGCAAGCCGCCGAAGCCGCCUUGGAUGCUUUCUGGCAGGCAGCUGAUGAGCGAUUCGUCGAGUCUACCGGCAGUACACCUCACGCCGUCAUUGAACACUUGAUGCAAGAGCGAACGUUGCAAAGGACUUCGCCCUGGGAAGAUCCUGUAGAAGCACAGCCAGCGGAGCCCUCGAAGAAGCAGGUCGAGUGCUUCUACGUGCCCUUCUCGAACACUCUUCACGAUCCAGCGCAACAAGUGACCGGCUCAUUCGACAAGCUUGCGGUAUCCGCUCGAGCAAAGACCAAGACGCAUGGCCUUGCACGCAAUGACAAUGGACAAAAGAAGGACGAUGUUGAGAACGGGAAGGAUGGUUUACAGCCUAGGUUCGCUGUCGACAAGCGCACUUACAGUGUCUUCCGCAAUCUCUUCUAUUCGCCGCUCUCAAAAGAUCACCCUGGCAAUUUGCCUUGGCAGGACUUUCUGCAUGCCAUGGUUGCAGUCGGUUUUGCCGCGCAAAAGCUCCAGGGUUCUGCCUGGCAGUUCACUCCAACCAAGCUGAAUGUCGAGCAGCCUAUCCAGUUUCACGAGCCCCACCCAACUCAUAAGCUGCCUUUUACUUGGGCCCGCCGCUUUGGAAGACGGCUUGCGAGGACGUAUGGUUGGAGGGGUGAUAUGUUUCAACUCGCUGAGUCGUUGUGA